GGAAGACGAUUUGCCUACAAGCAAUUUUACUUUACAUUUUAAUUAAAUAAAAAAUACUUUAGUAUCUAAGAAAGCGAAACCUUGACGUAAAAUCUGAAAUAGGUUCCAAGAAAAUUAGAGUACUGAAAUAUUUGUUUAACGUUUUACAUCUCCAGUAUGCUCUCUCUCCCUGGAUUAUUUACAAGUGUAGUAGUUCGUCCUCUUCCAGGUCUCAUAGAUCUGAGUUUUUAAAAUUUGCAACUUUUACGUAUUAUUUAAUUAUGAAUGUCUUUAAGCUAAGGACUCUUGGCAGAUGCAGCAAAUUAGUUACACUUCGAUCUGCUCAUACUGCAGCUAAAGUAGAAUCAGAAAUAGAGGUUUUAACUAAGCAAGAUGCAAAGAUUUCAGAAGGCUCUGCUGGUAUAACUGUUGCCUCAGUUGAAAAUUACCAGCCCGUAACAUAUGUUACAGUUGCAGUAAAAGCUGGAUCAAAAUAUGAAAAUGGCAGCAAUCUUGGUGUUUCCCACUGUCUUCGCAAUUCCGCUACUUUGUCUUCAAAUAACCAUACUGCAUUUGCAUUAACGAGAAACCUGGAACUUAACGGCUCAAAGCUUUCUAUUGAAUCUACGAGAGAACAUAUGCUGUACACUUUGCAGUGUAAUCGAGAUGAAGUUGACUCGGGCCUUGGAGUUCUUGCUGACAUAGUAACUCAACCAGCUUUUAAAGAAUGGGAAGUAAAUGAUUCUGCCCCACGAAUGAAUGUGGAUUUAGCUAUGUAUGAAAAUAGUCCCGAGGCUGUGCUUAUGGAAAAUCUUCAUAAAGUUGCAUUCAGGGGAGGUCUUGACAAUUCCCUUUACAGCCCAAGGUUUAUGGUUGGAAAGCAUAACUCAACAAUGUUGCAUGACUUUGUCAAGUCAAAUUACCUUGCAUCUCGAACCUCUGUGGUGGGCGUCGGCAUUAAUCAUGAUCAUCUUCAAAGCAAAAUUGACCAGUUAUUUAAUUUACACAGUGCUGGUUCUACUACUGGUCAACAGGUUUCAAAGUUUGCUGGAGGUGAAAUUCGAGUUGAAGCUGAUAUUCCAUUUGUACAAGCUGCAAUAGUUGCAGAAGGAGCAGGGCUUUCCAAUGUAAAAGAUGCAUUAAGUUUAGGAGUUUUACAAUGCAUUUUGGGAACUGGUUCACACAACAAACUUAGUAGUGGAAAGUUUUCCAUACUUGGUGAAGCUGCUGCAAAAUGCACUCAAAAUCCUUUUGCUGUUUCAAGUUUGAAUAUCAAUUAUGCUGAUACUGGGAUGUUCGGUGUUUAUGUUGUUGGCCAUCCAAAUGACAUGUCUUCAUUAGUGAAAUCUAUUGCCUCUCAAAUGAGGAAAAUCGGAACAGAUAAGAAGAUUACCGACAGUGUGGUUGAAAAUGCCAAGCACAAACUUAAGGCAAAAUUACACCAAGAAAGAGACUCUUCCAAAGGCAUGGUAUCUGCAAUGGCUGUUGAAGCUUCAGUAUUUAAAAAACUCUUAGACUUGAAAGAUUAUGAAAAAAUCAUUGAUGAUUUGAAAGUUUCUGAUAUCACAGCAAUUGCAUCAAAAGUCACAAAAACCAAACCAGCAAUGGCUGCAGUUGGUCGAUUACAUUCAACACCCCAUUUAGAUGAAUUGCUAUAAGUGUACAUUUGUAGAUUGAACUUUUAAAUAUGCCAACUGAAAUCAAUUAAAAUACAUUUAGAAACAUCAAAAUUUAUUUCUUUUAUAUUGUUGUCUGUCAUUACAAACUUUACAUUAUUUAAAAGAAAUAUAUUAUUCUUACUAUUAUGUAAAGAUAAAAAAUUUUGCGUCAUCCUAAUAAUGCUUAACUGAUUAUAUCAUGUAUCUUUUGAUUAAGAUAGUUUCUCAAAAUUCUGCGAAUAAUUUCUUUGAAUGCCAGACAUUGUAUU